CGUAAACGACGUAUAGAUAUUGUAGCUUCCUGGUUUACUUAGAGGGUGGCUGUAGGUUCGUGAGACACUGUAACUAUGUUGACACUGAAAUUAAGUACUACGUUCGUACUGCUGUAUGUCAGUGUACGUGUUAAGUUGCAGACAUAUGACAAUGAAUACUAUUGUCCCACGUCAGAUGAUGUUGUAAUUAGCGAUUCGCCAGAAUGUGAACAACAGAAUUGCUCGCAAAAGAGACGCUCUGCGGAAGACUCCUAUUUCAACUGUUCAAUAGGAAUGUUCAAAGAAUGGGAGAAGUUUAAAGAAAAGUUCCGGGUUUCGGAAAGCUACGAAAAGAAAAGCGACGAAACUUUAAACCCACCGACAGUCAGUGCCGUAGGAUUUUAUAUGAUUGCAGACAGAAACAAUGUUAAGAACAAUCCAAACUUAAAUCUGACCUUUCGUUUACCAAGGCACAGUGCAUACGAUACGAAAGCAUUACUUAUAAAGUUUAUAGGUAUGAACGACAAGAGGUACCCCGAGCUUAUUGAUCCGUACUACAAAGAUAGUCCUCGAUACCGACUUUUCAGUUUUCAAUCGUACAAAUCCUCAGAACUGGAUACAAAAUACCCGAGGGAGAUCGUAUACGGAUGUUUGAUGGGCUUGGACUGCACAAGUGCAAAACGAGUUUACCUCAUCACGUUUACAGCUUACACAAUGAAUUCUCAGCAUCCUGGAUCAAGUCUUACGUAUCAGUUCACUGUCUACACAACAAGGUAUUUUACCAAAUCAAGCAAAGUGACGAUAGCAGUGGCGUAUAUGCACCGAUUACGAAAAAUGCAUGUAGUGUUUGAACCAAUAUCAGAAGAUCAUGCUUCGCGUUAUACGUAUUACGAUAUCCAACUGAUGGAAAUUGACACGGGCAAACUGCAAACCGUUCAGAUGGAACACGGAUCCGUCGGGUACGAAUAUGAAUUCAAUAAUGUCACCAAUGGAAAGUAUGUUGUGGAGGUUAGAGUUAGAAACUGCAGCGGCAUUGAGCCAUGUCCUCAGUCACAGUCGGGGAUUGUUGAAGUCGAUUACACUACAGUUUCAGUAGAAGGACCACGUUUAAAGGACGACCUAGCUUUCCAAAAGACAAUGUCACCAUCAUCAGGGAUUUACGCUACCAUUGGCGCCGUUGGUGGUGUCGCCCUCUUACUGCUUCUGCUGGCAUGCUUCGUGAUAUCCGUUGAUCACAGACCAAAGGUGUGUAUUUUAAAUCUAUGUUCAGAAGAUAUUCACACAAAUGUUUCUACGGCGUUACAACAAUGCUUAAAACAAUAUUUUCAUACGACUGUCACAGCUGAGGAUAUUGGCUUGAGUACAAAAGAGGUGUACUCUAAAUUUGGACUUCAAAAACUGGACAAAAUCAUCAUUGCAACAAUGUGCCACCACGUCAAAAUUGAAAAAAUCGAAAACUUAUAUAUCAGAUGGAAAAAUAAAGGCUGUACAAAAAACUUAUUUAUCUGUUUCUCUCAAACAGAAAGGAACAUGAUGUCUCAAUCAGACAAAUGGUUCCAUUGGUAUCAUGAUUCCAAAAAAAUGAUUGAAUACAUAAAGGAAAAAGAUAACGGUCACUGCUUAAACAGAUUUAAGCGAUCCCGUCCUCCACUCAAUAAUAUUUCUGAAAAUUCUGGCGAGUUUCAUAACUUUCAACGUGUGUUACAAACAUUCAGAGAACCUACGGAUACUCCUCCCAUGGACCCAUGUCCAGUGCGUUCAAACAGAGAGGAGGACAUUCACAGACCUCUGCUUCAUUCCAGACAUUGUUAUCCCAACAUUCCUGAACCUUUCAUCGACGAGAACUUUUUUCUCCAUUUUCCGAAAACAACGGCCCUGCCUGAAAACUCCUACGAUUGUAAUCCUUCAAAUUCCAGUGACAUUCCCCUUAGCGAUUGUCCAGCUAUGGAGAAUGAUUUAAACCAAAGCGUUAUUGAUUGUCCACAAAAAGUAUUUACUCCUGUAAAAAAUGAUAUAGACAUGGAUAAAUUUAGUAACAGAAUGUUGCUAAUAUCCAUGGAAAUGUAACUUGUAUAUGUGUUAUAAAAGAAGUCAAAUAUCAUUGUACUCAAUGUCAUUUUUAAGACCAUUAUACAUUCUCGUAAAUAUGCCCGAACAGAACAUUUAUGAAUAUGAACAGGAUCUUAUUCUAUCAAAUUGUUUCCAUUUUGUAAAUCUUAUCUUUGGAUAUUGCAAAAUAUACGGAAAAUACUUUAUCACACAAUGAUUUUUUUCAGUUUUACUAUCAUGAUCUUCACAAGUAAUGCAAUCACUGGACAACUUUUAAUCAGCACUGGUUUGUAUUUGAUAUACUUAUGAUAUACAUUAUUGUAGCUGUAUAUUUUAUAUAAUGAAAAAAGAUUGUAAAUAUAGCCAAUUAUGUUAUACAGUACAUAUCAACUACAUUAUGAGCGUUUUUGACGACUUUUUGAACAGUCAUCGUCAAUAUUUUAAUAAACCUUCUUCUGCAAUAAUAA